GCUCUAAUUUUCUACCCUUUCUCUCCCCAGUCUCAGAAAUCAGGAGGCUCUCCCUCCGAUGGGACCUGCACGCUUCCAUGGUGUUUUAAGAGAGGAUACGGUGGGAAGAAAGCAGAGGACUGAGGGCUAGCGGGCCUCGCUCCUCACUCGGGCUCACCUGCUAACUGGAGCCGCUUCUCUCCGUGGGCCUCCCUCAUUGAGACAGUUGAUAUCUCACAGGACGGCUUCUAAUACCCUAGCAGUCUGUGAUCCCAGGAGCCCCCGAUCCCCCCACCCCUCCACGGGCCUAGCCGAGGCCGGGGAGCGAGUGGAGGUCAGGAGCGUGGAGGCCAGCCCUGGCCCCAUGGACCUGCCCCCGCAGCUCUCCUUCGCCCUCUACGUGGCCGCCUUUGCACUGGGCUUCCCACUCAACGCCCUGGCCAUUGGGGGCGCCGUGUCCCAUGCCCGGCUCCGCCUCACCCCCAGCCUUGUCUAUGCCCUCCACCUAGGCUGCUCUGACCUCCUGCUGGCAGCCUCUCUGCCCCUGAAGGCGGUGGAGGCCCUGGCCUUGGGCGCCUGGCCUCUGCCGGCCUCGCUCUGUCCUGCCUUUGCCCUGGCCCACUUUGCUCCGCUCUAUGCUGGCGGGGGCUUCCUGGCUGCCUUGAGUGUCGGCCGCUACCUGGGGGCUGCCUUCCCCUUGGGGUACCAAGCUGCCCGGAGGCCGCGUUAUUCCUGGGGUGUGUGUGUGGCCAUAUGGGCCCUUGUCCUCUGUCACCUGGGGCUGGUCUUUGGGUUGGAGGCUCCAGGAGGCUGGAUGGACAAUACCAACAGCUCCCUGGGCAUCAACACGCCAGUGAACGGCUCUCCGGUCUGCCUGGAGGCCUGGGACCCGGCCUCAGCGGGCCCUGCUCGCCUCAGCCUUUCUCUCCUGCUCUUCUUCCUCCCCCUGACCAUCACAGCCUUCUGUUACGUGGGCUGCCUCCGGGCACUGGCCCGGUCAGGCCUGAGCCACAGACGGAAGCUGAGGGCAGCCUGGGUGGCCGGCGGGGCUCUGCUCACACUGCUGCUCUGCUUAGGGCCUUACAACGCCUCCAACGUGGCUGCCUUCCUGCACCCCGACACGGGGGGCCGCUGGCGGAAACUGGGGCUCAUCACGGGUGCCUGGAGUGUGGUGCUCAACCCGUUGGUGACUGGCUACCUGGGAGGGGGUGCCGGCCGGGCGACAAGUGUGGCGAGAACGAAAGGAGGGACAUCCCAGAAGCAGCAGCCGCCGCUGGAGAGAAGGGGCAUGGAGCAGGGGAGGCCGGCUGCUCUCGCAGGCCCCUGACGGGGACUGCGCCGAAGGAACUGCAGGGUGGCCUUGCCUGGAAGCACCCUUGGAACCGCUUAUGGGAAGAACUGAGCCUGGCCGAAGACCGCAUCCCAGGGGAGGGAAGACGGAGGCCAGGGGCCAGGUCACAGGAGGAAGGUAAGCUUGCCUCCGCAUACAUCAGCGUGACUCCCCACCUCUGCCUGUCCCUCUUCUCCUCGCGCCCACCUGCCAAUGCUGUAGAAAUUCUCUUCCAGUCUAGAGGAAAUGCCACACUGAUGAUACGUUCGGGGGGAUGCUGUUCCCCAAACAUCUCCUAGGAAAGAAUAUUUUAAUUUCUGAACAAGAGAAGAGGCAGGAGGCAAGAUACUGACGCUGUUAUGCCGUUUGGCACUCACAAGAGGGCAGCACUGGAACUGUGAACAGGAAGUUGGUAGGAAAAGACGCCUCCGCAGGGAGAGAAAAUACUAGAGAAAAUAUACACCACGAAGAGUCCCUAACAAAUAGAGUCUCUGAUAUGGGACAGUCACCACAGCGAGUGCUUUACAAGUGUUGUCCCAUUUCAUACUCACACAAUCCUUUGGUUUGGCUACGCAGCUGCCGUACAGAUGGGCAGGUUGUUCACUGCACGAGAGUGCCAGGCAGAUGGACAAACAUUGACUAAAGUCUAGCCUGUGCUGUGCUCACCGAUCCAUGUGCCCGGCAUGGGACUACUUCCAUCCAGAGAAAGGAGCACGUUAUUCUAACUUGAACAAAGAUAUCACCCACUCCUCAAGCAGGGCGCCUCGGUGGAGGGCGCUACCGCCUGGAGUGGGGUGCCUUUUCCUAAUUUGUACAAAGGUGCCCCUUAAGUUGGCUAUGGUCCCGGAGCCAAGUAUUAUUAUCAUCUUCAUUUUGCAGGAUUAAGGAAUUUUCCUGAGGCUCUACAGCAAGGAAGGGGUGGACGCGUGAUGCGAUCCUUCAAGGCAGGACCCCCGAGGGUCAGGGGACAUGUGAAAGAACUUGAGGUAUCGGUGUGAACGCCCGUCCUUGUGGUCCACUUUGCAAAGGCAAACAGUGGCACCCUGAACCCGUGAGAGCAGGGAGAGGAGAGUGGUCAUGGAGGAGACAAACAUCUGGGCACCUGCUCUGAUGAGGCAAGAUGCGGGAAGCAGACUUGUUCCUCUAAAGGCGAUCACGCCGCGAGCAUAGCCUAUGCCACAGAACGGGUAGCUGCAUGCCUGGCGUGCACGCGCUGGUUUAUACAAGCUACCUCUUCUUAUGCUUCAGUGUCUACAAGGGCAAGGGAUUUCAUUUGCUCAUCUGCCCCCAGCACCUUAGAAGGGAGCUUGGCACGUAGCAGCAGGUUCUCAGGAAGUGUCUGCCGAACGAAUGAAUGCUCGCAAGAGCCUUCCAAAGAAAAUUUCAUGUUCUGUUUUACAUGAAAACAGACCAGAGAAGUUACAUAACUUGCCCGGGGCUCCGCAGAAGCAAGAAACAAGUUUAUUCCCUGCACGGCGGUGACAGCAGAGAAUUUCAGUAAAAGCCCGAACUCCUGAGCACAAGCGGACUCACUGCCCCUUCCCAUAAAGCCAGGGACGCUCUCUCCCACCACUCUGGUGCUCCAGCUGGUGCUGGGCCACUUGUUCCGGAGAAUUGCACCUCCUCCAUUUGGCGGUGGAAUUUAGUUCCUACCGAGGGUCCACGAUGCCCGUGAUCCGCCCCCCAGCACCCUCGUGACCCCCACC